AUGGGAGUACUUUCUACCUUACAAAUUGGCCGUCCAAUUUUGCAAUUAUCUACCGGAUAUUUUUUACCUUCUUAUGGCCCAGAAACAAUAAUUAUUGUUGCUUUAACCCCUUCAACUUUAAUUUAUUUUAAAAUUAAUCAAAAUACUCAAUCUUUAUUUGAAUGUGAACAAAUAUUUGAACAUAAAAUUCCUGGCCCUCCAGCUUUUAAUUUCUGCUAUUUUGGACGAGGCAAUGUUGAACAAAUUUGUGUUCAAUCACUCCAAGGAGGCCUUAUCCUUUAUGAAGCAGAAAACAGAGUUCUUCAACGCUCAAUUCCAGAUAUUUUACAUCCCGGUCCUUUGGGUUAUUCCUCCAAUUCAGAAUCCAUAAUAAUUGCUUCUGGUGGUUAUUUAAGGUCUGUUAGAUAUUCUACAUUAAUUGCUACUGGAACAAAACAAACUUAUAUUGACUGGACAAUACCUCUCGGUGACUGGGCUGUUCAAAUGGUUAUACUUCUCGGUGAUCCUUCUGCCUCAUUAAACUCCCGCCCUUCAAGUGCCGUUUUCAAUUCAAAUACUAAUUUAAAUUCUUCUAUUUCGAUUAAUACAAAUGCUCAAAAUACAACAGGGUUUCCACCUUCAAUUAUUGUUUUAUGCAAAAGAAUUCUUUAUUGUUUUACACACAAUGGAAGUUUGAGAUAUUCUAUUAGACUUCAAACUGUUGCUUUAUCUUUACAUAUAUUGUCACAAGGUAUUUCUAAUAACAUACCUAAAAUCUCUAAUAGAAUGCCGGGCACUCUAUUUUUCAAUCACAUUCGAAAGGGGCAUUCUAUUAGAAGGGGCAUUUAA